UAUACACGCAUCUCGCGGUGGUACGCAACGUAUUUAGGACUAAUCAGAAGUCGGUAGCCGCGCGAACGUACAGCCGCACAGUCGACGGAGAGCCGAAGGACGAAACGUUUAGAUUCGCGUAUCGAGCCGCGCGGAAGAUAUUCACUUUAAAAAAAUGAAACGAUUCGCACACUAUUUCGUAUGCCUGGCUGUACUGACGGCGGUUUCUGCGAGGUCGGCCGAAACUAAUCCUACAUCUAAUUCCAUCAACGAACAGCAAACCGCUAGAUCGAGUGGCAACGGCAUAUUUGGCGAGUUACGCCAUGUCUAUCAGGUGUACAAGGAAUGUAGCGCCGCGGAACUGAGUCCUUGCUUAAAACUGAAACUCUUAACGGCCAUGGACAGGAUUUCUCGAAGUGCACAGUUGAAUGUGGCCGAAGGCGUUACUCUCGUUCAGGACGAACCAAUUGCCAACGAAUCUGAACCAGAAAAAUCUGUGCAGGAAAUCGAAGCCAGCUUGCCGCGAGCGUUGGAAGACAAGGAAGACGCUCUUAACGGCAUGAUCUUCGAUAGGAUUGUCAAGUUUUUCCAGAGUCACACUUUGAAACUAAAAUUACCAAAUGUAGAUGAGCUUCAACGUGGCUUUGUCGAAGAAGGUCGCAAGAAGAAGAAGAUGAGCGGUCUUCUUGCCAUUCCGCUGUUAAUUGGCGGCACAUUAGUACCACUGGCGCUUGGCGCUCUCGCGCUGUUGGCCGGCAAAGCGUUGAUUGUGAGCAAGCUCGCGCUGGUGCUCGCUUCCAUCAUAGGAUUGAAGAAACUCGUGUCCGGCGGUCACGAUCACGGACACGAAGUCGUCCAAGUCGCGGGAGGCCACGGAUCGGGCGGAUGGGCAAGAUCGGGACACGAUUUGGCCUACUCCGCGCACAAACCAGCGUCAACUUAGGAACAAAAAUUUGCGAACGUCACUCCGACACUUGUUCAAUUUCUCAUCGCGCUCUUCCCUUUCGCGAAGUUUCCUUCUCACCUAACUUCUAUUUAUUCUCAUCCUGUGAAUAAUUUUCUCUCUGACCAUCUGUCCAAUCUCACCUCACUCUCUUCUCCACGCUGUGUUCACUCUAGGUCGUCGCACAUACGAGGCCACUCGUAUACGGAUCAUCCUGAGUAUUUAUUGUUUCACAUGUAGCUGCGAGCUACAAUAUGUAUAUUUAUAAAUAUAUUUAUAAAUACACGAAUAAAUUAAGAUCAUAAUUAU